AUGGACAAUGAACUCAUUCAAGGACUACAAGAGAGAAUCAACAUACUCUUGAAAGAUCCAUUACUCAAUGACAUUUCCGAAAAACAAUCCCUUCAAGACAUUGACACUUUGAUUGCCAUUGAACAAGGACAUGCCUAUAGAAUUCAAGUAGAUCGUAACCCACUUGAUCCCGUGUAUGUUGUGGUCAGACAAGCUUCUACAGUUCAACAACUCAAGAAACUUAUUCGACUAGAGCUGGAACGCAUGGAACCUCAAAACAAACACGUUAGCUGGAAAUAUAUUUGGCGUUCUUAUUGCCUGAUACUUCAAGGCCAACGUUUAAUCGAUGACAAGGCUGUUAUGAGUCAACUUGGCAUUCGACAGAACAGUGUCCUGAGGUUCUCUCGCCUUGGUCACCAAAAGGGUCAACAUCGAAAGGCCUGGUAUUGGUAUCGAUAG